UCCUGUUAAAGAAGCCAUUUAAAAAGUCAUGUCGAAAUUCACUUCUAUACUUGCAAGAACAUUUUUACAAUGUCGUCCUAUGACAAAUGUCUCUACUAAAAAUAUGAAUAUGCUAUCAUUAAUGAAAUCCAAUAGCAAUCCUAUAAAUCGUUUAGCUAUUCUCUCUAUUAGUGAUUUUAACAAGAGACAUAAAAGUAGUGCUACAUCAUCUCUUGCCGAUAAAGAGCUGGCUACCUUUCUUCAAGAUGAAAUAGAAAAUGAAACAAAAUCAAUGGAGACUAAGGCUACUUCCCCAACAUUUGAAGGCUUUAAUACUGAAUUAAAGGAUGCUAAAGUUAUAUUGACCAAAAAAUCUGGAAAAGAAUCUUUCAAAGUUAUUUUUAAUGUAAAUAAUUCACUAGAUAAUAAUUCAGAGGAAGAAUAUUCUGAACAAAAAAAUGUAUCUGACAAUAAAUCAAAUGAAGAUGUUGAGUUAGGCUCUCCAAUCUCAAAACCCACCUAUACAAUAGAGCUAGAAAAAAAUGGUCAGAUAAUGGCUUUUUAUUGCUCUUUUGCAGAAGAGGGGUCUUAUGAAGAUGGCAACCAAUCUUCUCCAGAUUCUGCUGGUUAUUCAGAUCUAUAUAGAAUAGAUGAAAUAUCAAUAUAUCAAAAUGAAUAUACAGAUGAUAGUUAUUCAGUAACUUGUGAUCUUUUAGAUGAACAAAUGUAUGAAAAAUUGUUUAACAUGCUUGAAGACAGGGGUCUUGGAAAUGAGUUUGCUAGUAAAUUGGCUGAAUUCAGUACAGCUUAUGAACAUAAAUUGUAUGUUAAUUUGCUGUCAAAAAUCAAGAAUUUUAUUUCAUCUUAAUGUAAAAUCAAAGUAUAUACUAUGUAAAUAAUUAACAAAAUAAAAUUUUAUAAAUUUAUAUUGUACGAACUGAUUUAUUUGACAUUGUUAUAAACUUGUUUACAUAUUAAAUAUA